CCGACUGUAGGUUGUUCUCGAUAAGCUUCAGAGAACUGCAGCUCCUCCCAGUCGCGGCACCGACACAUCAAGAUGUGACUAACUAUAUGAAUAGGGCACCCGAUGCUCUCACUUGAGAACAGUGUCAGUGAAAUUGAUUUCAUCACUUGUCAGAGAAGCUCACAUGGUUAGAGAGAUGAACUUAGAGGGGGACAGCGGUCUGUCAGUGAGCUGCGGCAACGGGAAACUUAGACAGUGGCUGAUCGAUCAGAUUAACAGCAGUAGCUAUGCCGGACUGGUUUGGGAGAAUGGCGAGAAAAGCAUUUUCAGGAUCCCGUGGAAACAUGCGGGCAAACAGGACUACAAUCGAGACGAGGAUGCUGCACUCUUCAAGGCUUGGGCAUUGUUCAAAGGGAAACACAGGGAAGGAGUGGACAAACCAGACCCCCCCACAUGGAAGACCAGACUGCGAUGUGCUCUUAACAAAAGUAAUGACUUUGACGAGCUGGUGGAGAGAAGCCAACUUGAUAUAUCAGACCCUUACAAAGUCUACAGAAUCAUACCGGAGGGAGCUAAGAGAGCGAUCAAGAUGUCAGAGACAACGUUACAUAUGAGCUCAGAGAGCAACUACCCCAUGCACUCUCUGUACCCAACUCUACACAGCCAGGUGUCUGGCGGCUACAUAGUUCCCCAGGAGAGGAAGGAGUGGAAGGAGUACAGCCAGACACAAGACCACCAGCAGCAACCUCAGCCUCAGCACCACCAGCCACCCCACGUUGAGCUGCAGUACAGCCAGUGCCACUACCCACCGCCACUCAGCCGACUGUGGCACACCGGGCCACACACAGAUAAUGGUUAUCAGUUCACUGGCUCCUUCUAUUCAUACUCCUCCUCAGAGUCCCACCCCACAGCAUUUACAAUGGACCACAACAUGGCCACCCUUUCUGACUUCCGACUGCAUGUGUCCCUGUUCUACCGUGAGGCUUUGGUCAAGAAGGUAACCACCUCUGGUCCUGAAGGCUGCCAGAUCACCUCUUAUUCCUCCUCCUCUUCCUCGUCUUCCUCUCCGUCCUCCACCUGCCCUGAGGACAAGCUGUACAGCGGUGCAGAAGUGGUGCUGUUCCCGUCCCCUUACCCCGAGUCACAGAGGAGGGGGGCGGAGAAGCUACCCAAUGUCCUGGAGAGGGGCGUACUCCUGUGGAUGGCGUCAGAUGGGCUCUAUGCCAAGCGGCUUUGCCAGAGCCGAGUGUACUGGGAGGGCCCGCUGGCCCCGUACACGGACAAACCCAACAAACUGGAGAAAGAACAGACCUGCAAGCUGUUUGACACUCAGCAGUUCCUCACUGAGCUGCAGGGGUAUGCCCAACAUGGCCGUCCCAUGCCCAGGCAUCAGGUGGUGCUGUGUUUUGGCGACGAGUACCCAGAUCCCCAACGCCAGACCAAGAUGAUCACAGCACAGGUGGAGCCAAUGUUUGCCAGGGACCUGUUGUACUUCACCCAGCAGAACAGCAGUCACUACCUUAGGGACUAUGAGCUCCAGGGACACACAGAGAGCUCCCCUCCAGCUUCAGGAGACUACCAGAGGACCCUCCAACACAUGCAGGAGUAACACAUACAAACAUGCCUCAGGAGCCAUGGACAUGCAUGUAGAUAGACCAAUGAGCUUAACUUCACAACUACUGUAAUGUAUACAGUAUACUCAGGUCUUGGACUAAAAUGCCUCACUGUGAUUUCAACGUAAGACUGGACUGUGCCUCCAUCAUCAGUGUCAACAGUUUGAGCCAAAGAUGAUCAAAGAUGGAAGUAUCUACCCUAGUUUGUACAGCCUUACAAUUACGUUUGUAAUCAUCAUUUAUUUGUCUUUUUUUAAACAAUAUGGAAAACUGAAUAAGUCUUUUGAUUUGUAAAUCUUUACAUUGCACUUCUGUUGUAGCUGUAGAUAAUUGAAGUGAUUGGAUUUAGGCUGACCCUAGCAUUGGUUCCCACGUGAUCCUUGAUACAUUAUAGCUACAAAGUGUGUGGUGUGUGUAGGCUUAUCACAAGAGAUAGUGUGUUUUCCGGUGACAUCUGUAGGAAACCCACAACACCCCCUGACCUGUGGUAGUGGUAUGGGGGCGGAGGUAGCCUGCCCCUGUCUCUCUCUCCCCAUCUCUCUCUCUUUCUUUGUCUCCCGCUUCAUUUUCUCUCUUGCUAACACUUGUUUUCAACGAGAGAGGGAUGCAUGUGCUUGUGUAUGUUUGUGUGUAUGUGUGUGUGUGUGUGUGCGGGCGGGUGUGCAUAUGUGUGUCUGCAUGUGACAUUCUGACAGUGUAUAGGAUGCGGUUUGAGGGGACGAGGACCAAUGUGAAGCAGAGGGUGACUGACAGAAGCAGGAAGCACCAGUCACAGGUGCACAGGAAGUGGAGUAGCCCUCAGGAGAAAGGGAGAAGAGGCUUAAUGUGACCCAUUUCCAGAAGCUAGGCAUAUGUUGCACGUCACUACUUCACAGGAGAGGCAUUUUAAGGAAAAACCUUUUUUUUAUAUCAAAAUCCUUUUUUGGGCAGAAAUGCUUUUUGGAGCAUGUGAACUUUCAUGUGCCUUAAUAAUAAACUUGUAUGCCAUCUGUAAAUACGAAUAAAUUGGUUAAAUUAUGAGCCUAGUUGGUUUAGCCAUGAAAAAAAGACAGGAACCUUCCGAUAGCCAUGAUUGGCUGAGAUAUGCUGAGAGAUGAGUUCAGAUUGAUCUGCCAUGUAGCACGCUUCUGUCUAUAACAUGAGCUGCUCAGUAUGUGUUGAUAAUCCAUGCUACGGCGGCUUUUUUGAAAGAGAUAACAUCAGCCAUGGAGAACUGCAAAAGGGUUGCUACUGUUCUCAACAACAUUGUUGCCCUGAAUUUAGCAGGCACUAUAGACAAGAUCUGUGGGAAAAAGUUGUGAUGGACUACUUUCUGCACACAAUCAGUGUGAACCGGAGUGACAUGACACAACGGGCCAAAUAAGCUGUAGCUAGCUACAAAUAAAAUGGAAAAGACACAGGACGUCUUAAUUAGUUAAAGUGGUUCCAGUCUGCAGUGAAGCGUUCAUCCAUGUAUACGGAUAAGUGUCUAGCUACAUUUUUCAGGUAUUUUACUUUUCAAAUUUUGUCAGAAAGUCAUUUUCAUUGCAAGUUAAAGCUCAUUGUUCGCUAGCUAGCAAAUGUUAGCUUACUGGCUCGCUACCUGAUGUUACGUGUAUGAUCUGUAUAGUAAUAUUAUUUUUGUCUCAGAAAUCCAUUUGCAUUGCUAGUUAUAGCCUAAUGUUAACUAGUUAGCUUAUGUUGAACCUAGUUGGUUAGCUUUAGCUACCUGCAGAUUCAUACUACAGCCACAGACAGAACAAUGAGACAGAUAUUUCACCGAAUGUAUAAAUGUGAAGCAUCUGGUUGGCGUUUCCACUAUCUACCAAAUAUGUGACCCGUUUCAGGAAAUAAGGCAUAUGUCGCAGGUCACUACUUCACACGAGAGCCAUUUGAACGUAAUAUUUGUAUAUUUUUAUCAAAAUGCAUUUUUUUUGACAGAAAUGGCUUCUGGAGCUUGUGAACUUUCAUGUGCCUUAAUAACAAACUUGUAUGCCAUCUGUAAAUACGAAUAAAAUUGUUAAAUUACAA